UUCACAGGCAGAUCUGCAGGAUCUUGCUCUGCUCCUGUUUUUAAACUUCAACCACUGUGCAAGAAAUUUUCUAACUGUGAGAAGUAUGAUGAUUGGGGACUGUUUUUCUUUUUCAAUGUUGAAACCAGCAAGGUGGGGGUUUGUGGAGAUUGCAAGAAGCUGAGAAAUCACAGCACUAAACCUGGAGGGAAAAAGGGAUUGGACCACAUUACAGGGAGCACUGCCUGUACCAAGUUAGAGGAUUUUAAUGCAUUAGCUGGGACCAAGUGACGGACAGUCUUUCUGAGGAGGAAAGGCAUUGCAGAGGUAUUUAUACUGGGAAGACAAUGUGUACGACUUUAAGCCCAAAAGUGCGCGGGCCUGGCCUUUCAGACAUGCACCAGUACAGCCAGUGGCUCGCCAUAAGGCAUGAAGCAAAUCUGUUGCCCAUGAAAGAAGACCUAGCCUUGUGGCUCACUAACAUGCUUGGAAAAGAAAUAACAGCAGAGACCUUUAUGGAGAGACUGGAUAAUGGUGCUUUGCUCUGUCAGCUGGCUGAGUCUCUACAGGACAAAUUUAGAGAGAACCACAUUGAAAUGAAAAAAUCUGACAAGGGUCUGCCAUCAAAAAAGAUUCCUUACAGAACCAAUGCGGCAUCUGGAUCUUUCUUUGCAAGGGAUAAUACAGCAAAUUUCUUGUCAUGGUGCAGAAAUAUUGGUGUUGGUGAAACAUGCUUGUUUGAAUCAGAAGGACUGGUUCUGCACAAACAGCCCAGAGAGGUCUGUCUCUGCUUAUUGGAGUUGGGGAGAAUCGCAUCAAGGUUUGGUGUGGAGCCACCUGGACUUAUAAAGCUGGAAAAAGAGAUUGAGCAAGAAGAAAUCCUAAUAACUCCAACACCGUCUCCCUCUCCUUCUCCAACAAAGUCAACAUCCUCUUCCUCCUCUUCAUCAUUGUCAGGAAAAAAAAGCACUGGGAAACUAUUGGAUGAUGCGGUUCAACAUAUUUCUGAAGAUCCCCCUUGUAAAUGCCCCAGUAAGUUUUGUGUGGAACGCCUUUCUCAAGGAAGAUAUAAAGUUGGAGAAAAGAUCCUCUUCAUAAGGAUGCUACACAACAAGCAUGUGAUGGUUCGUGUUGGCGGAGGAUGGGAGACAUUUGCUGGAUACUUAUUAAAGCAUGACCCUUGCAGGAUGCUCCAGAUAUCCCGUGUGGAUGGAAAGACAUCUCCAAUUCAAAACAAGUCUCCCAGUAUAAAAGAUAUGAGCCCGGAUACGUACUUGGUUGUUUCCGCUCAUUAUAAAAGCAAGAAAGAGAUCAAGUGAAAACAUUUGAUGAGCUCAUUAGUAAAACACAAAGGGUUAACGUAUCCUCUGUAAUUCUUUUAGUAUUGUUCUUUAAAUUUAGCCUUAAAAGUGCAAUUUCUUGUGGGACCAAAGUUAAAGUACAUUUAAGGGCAUGUACCGUAAUCUUCUAAAUUAAUGGCUCACAUUCCAAUCCAUUAGAGUCAUUUAAAUGAACUUCAAAUGCAAAAUUUUUUGUUUAAUUUUGGUUAAAGUGAAGGUAAACUUUGAUGAAUGAAAGCCCGUUUUUUAAAAAAUACUAUUAAAAACAGGGGCACUUUCAUUCAUCAAAGUUUACAAAGCAGCCGUUUUGAUUAAAAACUUACCUCUCUUCUUUAC